CUCCUUCCCGGCAGGUCUAUCAGUGUAAAACAGCUGCAUCGGCUGUCAACACCGUUCUAUCCUACUUGACUGCCCCCCUUGACAUCCUCAAAACCCAACAUGAAGCUUGGCCACGUCUCUGUAGCGCUCCUGGCUGGCUUAAGCCCGGUCGUGGCUCAAGGAAUGGAAAGCCUUCCAGCCUGUGCUAGAGACUGCGCUACCAAUUCAAUCCCAAAGACAUGUAAGGCUAUCGAUGUCAACUGUAUUUGCUCCGACAAGUCUUUCAUCACUGGCAUUUCCUGCUGCGUUGCCAAUGCAUGCUCGCAACAAGACCAGCAAUCUGCACUCACCUUCGCACAGCAGAUCUGCGGUGGUGCUGGCGUAACCGAUCUCCCCCAGAGCGCUAGUUGUACAAGUGGGAGCAUAGCGAGUGCCACCAGCGCAAAUACAACUAAUGCAACCGAGCUACUUUCGAGCACUUCUGCGACCCCUUCCUCCACUGCUGCUAAAAAUGGGACUGACCUUAACGCCCCUGGCAACGCUUCAGCAAAUGCCACCCAUACCGGCUCCAACACCCAAUCGGUGAGAACCCAGGCAGCUACUGCGACCAACAAGAACGCGGCAAGCACUUCAACUGCUAGUGGUGCUGCUGGUGUAAUUUCAAAAGGAAAGGAUACUGGCUUCGCUGCAGUCAUUGGUGCGGCUCUCUUUGCUUUGCUUGCUUAGAAAUCGCCAAGUCACGACCCUUGUUAGGUGAUGUAGCGAGCGAAGUCGAAUAUCGAUUCACCCACCCCAAUUUGUGGAGAUGGAGAGCAUCUUCGAUUUCCUAUGAAACGUUUGGUAUCCUGAAGAUUGAAUCGAUGUCGAAUCAGUCGGGCCAGUGAUUUUAAUUGCUUGACAUGUUCAU